GUCUAUGCACUCUCUUCUGCUUCACCGUAUAAAAGACCGAUCCAUCAUUCUAAGCACUAUCAGUUUUGGAGGUACGCUGGCAAGGAGAAGUAAUGGCAUCGUUCCGACUUGUGUUGAGUCUGCUAGUUGCGUCGAUAGCGCUGGACGUGACCUGCGCUGGAAUUUUGGACAUCUUCAACACAACCUCCGAUUACAACCUGGUGCAGUCGCUGAACAUCGUGUUUGGCCAGACGAAGAACGAUAUUUCCUUCUUGUUAACCGGUGAGGACAAAACUCCAAUUGAGCGGGCCGUUACGUUCUGGUGUGGUCAUAGCAAUUCUACUACGCUGAAGCAAACCCUGCUGGACGAUCCGGACCUUGGGAGUAAGCUGAACUUGGCGAAACCGAUAGCGUUUUUGACGCACGGAUGGUUGGACAACACAACGCGCGUUUGGUUCCAGAAGACCGUUCAGGACAUGAUCAAGUUUGGUGAUAGCAACGUCUGCGGAGUAAACUGGGCCCGGUUGGCACAGUACGACUAUAGAAUCGCUGCGGUGAAGCAUGUUCCGAUUGUGUCCGGGUACCUGACCAAGUUCAUCACGUUCCUGUUGAACUCGGGAAUGUCCCUGGACAAUGUAACGCUGGUAGGCCACAGCAUGGGUGCCCAAAUCAGUGGUCAGGUGGGGCUGAAUUUCAACGGGAAGAUUCCUCAAAUUUUUGGUCUCGAUCCGGCAGGUCCCAUGUUCACCGCUCCAGUAGAUCGUGGCCUCCGGUAUCGAUUGGAUAAAAGUGAUGCCAAGUACGUGCAGAUGAUCAUUACCUCACGUGGAACAAUCGGGGUGCGGGUAGGUGAUGGUCACGAAAACUUCUACCCCAACGGAGGAGACGCUCCGAUGCCAAACUGUGUUCUUCCGUUGACCAACGACGCAGAGUUCUUCGAUCAGAUCAUGUGCAGUCAUCUUCAUGCGACUAGCUUGUAUCGGUUUUCACUAAAUCCGGCCCUGGUGUACAAUGCUCGGCGGUGCCUCAACUACGGAUCGUACCGGCUGGGACUUUGCAGCCUCAACAAGAGCAAUCGGCUGGGAGUUUACAGCGACCGGUCGGGAGGGGACUUUUAUAUGCGGACGGGAGCGGCUUCGCCUUAUGAUGUGUGAAUUAAA